AUGGCGACAGAACAGCAGCUUGCUAUGCUCGCCGAGUUGGAGAUGGAAAUGAUGUCGGAUAUGUAUCGGCGGAUGACGACGGCAUGUCAGGAGAAGUGUAUCGCAAAGACAUUCAAGGAAGGCGAGCUCACUAAGGGUGAGGCAGUAUGUUUGGAUAGAUGUGUGGCUAAAUAUUUGGAUGUCCAUGAGAAGCUAGGAAAGCGACUCACAGCGAUGUCACAAGCUGACGAAGCCACUUUGCAGAAGAUGAGUCAGGAAUAG